CAUCACCGCGCGCCAGCAUGGAUGUCUUGGCGGACCACAGUAUCUUUCAGGAACUUCAGCUCGUCCACGACACCGGCUACUUCUCCGCCAUGCCUUCCCUGGAGGAGAACUGGCAGCAGACCUGCUUAGAACUGGAACGCUAUCUGCAGACGGAGCCCAAGCGUUUGUCGGAGCUCUUCGACCAAGACUUAGAUGGCCUGUUAACUCCGGCCUACCUGAAGGAGGACGGAGAGGAGGAGCUAUCGGACUCUCUCCUCCCCAGCUUGCCCAGCCACCCCGAACCCCCGAGUCCUCCUCCCAUGAUCCUUUGCUCCUCGCGGAAGAAUUUCCCCUCCACUGGUGCAGUGAGAAGAGACCUCAAAUCCAAAGGACAGGGCCUGGAAAACUUAGAAGGGAUGGAGGGGGUCCAUCAGGCUCAGCUGAGCGCCGUCACCUCGCUGACGCCGCCGUCGUCGCCCGAACUGGGGCGACACCUCGUGAAGCCCAACCAGACGCUGACGGCUUCGGCCGACGGGACGCUCACCUUGAAGCUGGUAGCCAAGAAGGUGGGGCUUAGCGCCGCACGGCUGGUGGCGGGGCACACGCUCCCUGUCAGGAUGAAGGACGAAGAAGAGGGGGCUGCGUGCCUGAUCGGGGUCGGAGAGCUACCGGAGAACAAGAAGAGGAUCCACCGUUGUCAGUUUAAUGGCUGCCGGAAGGUGUACACCAAGAGCUCCCACCUGAAGGCCCAUCAGAGGACACACACAGGUGAGAAGCCGUACAAGUGCUCGUGGGAGGGCUGCGAGUGGCGAUUCGCCCGGAGCGACGAGCUGACGAGGCACUACCGCAAACACACCGGCGCCAAGCCUUUCAAGUGCAACCACUGUGACAGGUGCUUCUCGCGGUCGGAUCACUUGGCGCUACACAUGAAGAGGCACAUCUGAGGAGUCGGCGAGAGGUCAGGGGGACGUGGCGGCGGAGCGGGAAAGAGGGAGCGUCGUCUGCAGAGAAACAGAGAGAGACUCCAAAAAAGAAUGAAAUGAAAAAAAAAAGAAAAAAAAAGAAAGAAAACGAAACCCACCAGACUUGGUCUCUCGGAGGUGGAGGUGGCCACGUGUUGGACUACAAACUGGAGGAUCUGCGCCGCGAACAGUUGGCCCGCGAUUCCACCGACGCCGCCCCGCGUUGU